AUGGCUCAGCAAGUAAAAAACACGAAUAUAAUAUGGCGACAAUACUUUAUAAAAUUUUAUCAUGGAGAAAGAGUUGUGCUAUUUAAAGGUCAACAACGAAGAAAUAUUCAAAAUCUUUUGGAUAAAAGCACUAAACCCUCAAACACGAAUUCAUUUUUUAACAAAAAUGCUGUAGUAAUUGAAAAACUUUCACAAGGAGUUACGUCUUCUGCCGGUUUUAAAGAUCGUGUUUCUUUAUUACGUAAAAUAAUUCCACCUAACAACGAUACUCCAAUAAUUUCACCUAGCAACCAUACUCCUAUAAGACAAAAACAAUCGUUAGUGGUAGAGUUUAUAAGGCUCAUAAAAGCAUAUAGGGAUUUAUCGAAAGCAAAACUCGCAGCUCUUGUAAUAUUGACAACAAUGUGCGGAUACGCAAUGGCACCUAUGGCCACUGAUCUUACAUGCCUUUUCGCAACUACAGCGGGAACAGGAUUAUGUGUCGCAUCUGCAAAUGCUAUCAAUCAAUUAUUUGAAAUUCCGUACGAUGCACAAAUGUCACGUACGCGAAAUAGAGUUCUCGUUCGUAAUGCAAUAUCACCAAUUCAUGCACUUUCAUUUGGUACUUUGACUGGAAUGGCUGGUGUAGGAAUUUUAUCAACUAUGGUUAAUCCUUUAACUGCUAUGUUGGGUGCCUCAAACAUUUUAUUAUAUACUUGUGUUUACACUCCUAUGAAACGAAAAACCAUUGCAAACACAUGGAUUGGUGCAAUCGUUGGUGCGAUACCUCCAAUGAUGGGGUGGGCAGCGUGUACAAAUAACUUGGAAUUAGGUGCAUGGAUAUUAGGUGGUAUUCUUUAUGCAUGGCAAUUUCCUCAUUUUAAUGCGCUUGCUUGGAACAUGCGAUCAGAUUAUUCAAAAGCUGGAUAUCAUAUGAUGGCUGUAACAAAUCCAUUAUUAAAUAGUCGAGUUUCUUUAAGAUAUACUUUGGCAUUAUUUCCUUUAAGUUAUAUAACACCUUAUAUUGGUAUGACAACUUGGUGGUUUGCAUUAGAUUCAAGUUUAAUUAAUUGUGUACUUUUAUUUAGUGCUUACAAAUUUUGGAAAAAUUCAAAUGAUAAAUCGGCACGUGAUUUAUUUUUUGCAAGUCUUGUACAUUUACCAGUAAUUCUUGCUUUAAUGAUGGCACAUAAAAAGGAUCAAGGAAUCAUAAUAAACAAUGAAAUUUUAGAUGUUGAUGAAAAAGAAUUGGAAAAGGUUAUGCAAGAGUUAGAGUCAUAG